UGGACUAGAGUUUCGGGCCUCCUUGGAGGGCUCCUUGGCAGCAGGAGGAUUCCAGGUGUCGGUGUGUGCGGGUGAUACGGUCAGCUGAGAUGUGGCGGAGUCAGGGAGUCGGGGCCAGAUUUGGACCGUCAAAGAGGAUCCAGGAGCUGGCUAGGCACAAAACCUCAAAGGCAGUUUGGGCCACGACUCCCCGGUCUCCCCACUCGUCCAGCUGUGAACCCAACUGUCCCAUCUGGCACGUGGACCCCAGAACUGCCACCGCCCCGGUGUCCCCGCGCGUGCUGCAGCUCUCCAGACCCAAGCGGAACCACCCGGACUUCGUUGGCAACAGACAGAGUUCGCAGUCUUUUGUGUCUGCAGCGUCGAAAACUGCCACCGCAUCUCAGCGAGUCCUCUGCCUCGCACUGCCCCGGCUGAAGCAGAGCGACAUCUGCCGCAACCUGGGUCGGCCCGAGGAACCCGUCUGGAGAGUUUCUAACUCAGCGAAGCGAGCAACGGCUAGUCCUCGUCUGAGAGUCCUGGCAGCGCCCAAGCCUCUGAGCAAAGACUACCUCCCUCCGCGAGAACCAGAGUGGACCCGGCGGAACCGUUCUUGAACCAGCAGGCGACGGCGGAGUUUGGCGCGAGCUGCGAGCCGCGGAGCAGCGCUGUCUGCCGGGGGCGCGAGGACUGGAGCGGAGAGAGCCGCGCUGACAGUAGCGGGAGUGUGUGUGUGAACGAGAGGGGGUGUGUGUGUGUGUUUACUACUGUCAGCAGAGAAGAGGCUCGUCCCACGGGCAGAACCUCCCACAUCUGGAGGAGAGUUCAGCCACUGCAGCCACCACCGGCGCCACUGGGAG